AUGAAAAGAAUGAGAACGGUUGCAGACUCUGAUAGUGCUACAUCAGAGAGUGAUGUUGAGAAUUCGUAUAACACAGACAACGAAGUGGAAACUGAUUCUGUACCAGAGAAUGAUUCUGAUAAUGUAGAUGAUACUUGUAGUGAAGUAGGUGAUGAAUACGAAAGCGAUCCAUGGGCUCCUUUUAAAGUUUAUCGGAAUUCGAAGAACUAACGCAGAAUUUCACUGCAGAAGGUUUUGACGAAAACGAAGCUAAAGACAAGGCAUAUUUACUUAUCCUACCAAAACUUCGUAAAGAUUUGCAGAAUAUUUAUUUGGAACGUCUACUAUGGAUAAGACAACUAAACAGAGAUCCAAUACACAAAAAGAUUAUGGAAACCAGGGAUGUCUUUGUCAAUGAUGAUAAUUUCGGCCACAGAGAAGCGUUAGAGGCCGCUAUUGACAAGAGAAAAUUUCUUUUGAAAAGACUUUUCAGAAACACACGGUAUCGUAGUGAUAUUGACUCUUAAUGGUUGUUUGUGUUUGAUUUAUAAAAAUAAAAUACGAUCCUGUGUGGUAGCUAUUUUCCACUAACCGUUUUAGACUUAGAAAAUGUUUUAACAGAGUUGUACAGAUUAAUUGGGAACAGUAAAAAGCAGUCAAAGUGGAAUAAAAGCGGGAUAAAGAAUAUACCCAUCCGUCAACCAAAAUCCUCCAGGAAGAGAACAAAAUUAAAUACAAAAUAUGCAAAGAACGUGGACAAUACAGAAAUGAAUGAUGGCUCAAAGGAGUGGUUAAAGUUAGAAACAAAAACGGGACAAAACUCUUAAGUGGAUAAUAUUAUAUUUAUACAGACAAGAUUAUUAACUUUGUAGUACUUAAAGAAAUAAAUGUGUUUUAAAUCUAAAUUCUUGUGUAAAGUUUUGCCCACAAAGCCUCGCGCCCGAUUUUAAGGUAUACACCUGCGUUAUAAAUUAUCCCUAUCUAUCCAUUGGGAUACACUUAGCUACACACCUUCUAAUGACUUAGCAACACAUAGCAACGUAUAUAACUACCGCAUGCAUAUUUGAUAAAAACAUAUUUAUUUUUUAUGGCAAAAUAUAUUACAACUGUUCUAAAAGUUUUUCGCUCAAGUAUUCUUGAUAAGCUUUCUUAUGAUCUGACUCGGUCAUCUUAACAGUAUAUAUGUAUGUAGGAAGUUUGCUAAAUAAUCUUGAACAACAUGCAAAUAUUGAUCAUAACAACGACGUUGACAACCAUGUUAACCUGGGAUUAGGAACUGUUUAGUUCUGUUUAAAAUAUGUCUUGAUUUUUGUGACGAAUAGAUUCCUAGCCUCGCUAUAAUUUUGUAAACAUACGAAAAAUCCUUCAAUAUACCUGUGGAAAUUUAUCUCUUCCGAGCAAAGAUACGGCUAUAACUCAUAUAACUAAUAUAUAUUAAUUUCGAUAACAAUUUUGCCAUGCGAGGGACACGAACUAUUCAUAGUAAGCCAAGAUUAAUCCCUCUAUUGUAUCACACACGCGGAGGGACGCUAAAAAAUGCGUAGUCAGCAAGUUUCGCCCGAUCGUGUUUAAACUUGCCCGCGUGACGUCAUUGUAUAUAAUUAUAACGUAUGCUAAUGAGUGACGUCACUACACACCCUCAUUUGUACGAGUAUUAAUUAGCGCACCCUCAGCAUCCUUACGCACCCUCAUUUGUAUGAAUAUUAAUUAGCGCACCCUUACGCACCCUUACGCACCGUCAUUUGUAUGAAUAUUAAUUAGUGCACCCUUACGCACCCUCAAAAAUCCGGAUCGAUCGGCCUCUAUAUUACUACUAACAUUAGUCAUUUGUUGAAGAAAUACAUUAAUUUACGCGAAAGCCUGAGUAGCAAAAUAUGUCUGAUAUUAUAUGCGGUUGGUGUAGUUUUACAAUCUUUAUAUAGCUUUCAACUUGUCCUGCACUAAUCAAAUAUUAGAGAGGUUCAGAUUUGACUUCCACUACCACUACCUCUCACUGGCUUAGUCCAGUGAUUGGUUGAUAGUACCUUAAUGGUAACGGUAGUGGAAGUCAAAUCUGAAGCUUUCACAGACUGUCACGAGAUGUACUGCUCUUCCUUUAUUGCCAUUAGCACCUCUAUUGUUGGUACUGAUAUCCUGCUGCAUGAACCACGAUUGCAGUGAGUUGCACUGUGCUGAAUACACCUUUUCGAUAAUUACGUAAUGAAUACGUUCUUUGCCUGGGAGCCUCGCUCUCGUGAAUAAAGACGGAAGGCAUUUGGCACACGAUUCAUGAAAAUGAGGCUUCCAGGCCAAGAACAUAUUCAUGACGUAAUUAUAGAAAAGGCGUAUUUAUUCGUAAAUUGGUAAAUGUUACACAAGAAUUAGUGAUAAAUUGACAAUGUAUUGAUUACAUUACAUAUAUUUCAGUGCAAUCGCUGGCUUUUUGGUGUUGAUCCAAAAACCAAUGGCUAUAAUCAGUAUCCCACCAAUGUACGAGGAACCGAAAAUACAUCUAAUGCGGCGAUUGUACCAUUAGGUAUGUAUGUAUUCAAUAAAUUUAUAGCCAGAAGGUUCUUCUUCUUUUUAUCUAAUUCCUUUUCUUAAUUAAUCAUUUGUACACUGAAUGGUGACGAGGAUGCGGGAAUUGUCACUGCACCUAGUCAAUAAAAAUUCUAACUAAAUUGAUCAUUACAAGUACAUUUUGCCGUUGGUCAAAUAUUGGCGGAGAAAGUAACGAAACUUCUUAGAAUAUUUUUGGGAAAUGGACAAUUUCUGGGUUUUACUUUUAUUAAAUUUAAUUACAUUGCCUAUUUUGUACACUGAUAAGAACGGUUGGCUUAUUUGAAAUUAUGUUAUUAAUCAUAUAUACUGAAUUAUGUAAAUUUAUACAUAAUCAUAUAUGAAUCAUAGGGAUUUGUUCACAUUUCCUUCCAGCCAAUGUAGACCAGCAUAGUCCGUUUUUAACUCUAAAAACUCAGGGACAGUUCACGAUUUAGGAGAAGAAAGUUGCAGGUAAAAAUUUUUAUCAUCGUCGAGUGGUGCAAAUAGCCGGUGACCGUGUCAUGGAGUAUAUUAACAGCAAUAACCACGCGUGACGAUUUGACCGUGACCAAACAGAAGUCAGGCCUAAGGGCUUUCAUUUAGACUAACAAAAGUUGCGAGUUUAAAAAGAUUUUUAAUUUCUUUAGGUUUUGAACCGCCAUCACAAUUCACCAGCUUGCCUAUGCCUGAUAAGUUAAGAAACCUUCAUAAUGAACUCAGGGAGCUACGCAAUGAGUCAAAGCACCUGCGAACAGGCUUGCCACGAAUAAUUAAAUCCAUCGAAAGACGUCAGCGAAUGCUUGAAGCCCGCGUGGACGUCUUUGCAUCUCGCGGUGCAUUUAUGUCGUUUCAGGAAGCUGGUGACGAGAAUGUAAAACAAAAGUUAAAAGCUCUCCAUGAUGAUCUAGAGCAGCUUAAAUAUAAGGUAGGUUGUGAUGGAGGAAGGACAUUAUUCAAACUGGAGGGCACUCGGCUCCGCCAGCGAAUUAAGUUAUGUAUCAUGCAUAAAUUAUACAAUGGUAAAUACAAUGUAAUAAGUAUGACAUUUGCACAUCAAACAACUUAAAUAAUUGAGAAGAAAUAACAAAUGAAAGAUUUUUUUCAGGACACACAAAAACGUGAGCACAGCAAUCACGACAUGGUUUUAAAACGUGAAGAAGAUAUCUUUGUUGAAGGUAAGAUAAAUUAUAUGUACGAGAAUUUCAGUAAUUGUUUCCAAAUUUAAAGAGGUUAAAAUGGCAGAUACAGUGGCGUAUGGGCCCCUCGAGACCCAGUUCAAUAAGGGUUAAAGCGUUUCAGCAAAUUUUACAUAUUACUGGCGUCUCCCUCGCCUCGCCCCCGUCACCACAUGGCCACUUUGUAUAUUAUAGGCAAGACGAAGGGGUCCACUUCAGUUCAAGUCGGGAGCCCUUUAGCAUAAUGUUAUGCUGCUGGUCGAACUAUGAAUAAAUAAAAAUGUUAAUAAAUAACAUGGAAAUAAAAGGAUGACAAAAAGCAAUGGACCUUUCACCUUUUGACUAAAAUUUAGAUUUCAACAAGUCUAGACAAAAAUUUUAUCACAGCUUGAAAGAGCAUCACAAAAUUAGUAAUAUUCCAAAGUUUCGUUGCGAAAUGUUGUAAAAUGCGGAUAAUAUAGCCUUGCGAAGUUUGCCAUUUUCAGUCAUUUUGUAUUACGCGCGGGAAAUACAUACCUCCUUCGGAAAAGGGGUAUGUAUUUCCCGUUUGUAAUACAAAAUGACUGAAAAUUGCAAACUUCGCAAGGCUAUAUUAUCCGCAUUUUACAACAUUUCGCAACGAAACUUCGAAAUAUUACUAAUUUUGUGAUGCUCUUUCAAGCUGUGAUAAAAUUUUUGUCUAGACUUGUUGAAAUCUAAAUUUUAGUCAAAAGGUGAAAGGUCCAAUGGACCUACUAAUUUUGUGAUGCUCUUUCAAGCUGUGAUAAAAUUUUUGUCUAGACUUGUUGAAAUCUAAAGGAAUAGAGUUAUAUAUGAUUAAUUCGAGAAUUUCAAAAUUUAGAACACAUUUCUUUCUCUGAAUGAAGACUGCCUUUGUUUGUGUAAAACUCUUGUAACUGUUUGUGUAUUUAUGCCAAUCAGUGUUCUGACGCAAUGGGAAACUUUUGUGAACAAUUUUGCUGGAUAUAGGGACAGAGUUCCUUCGGCAUGUUUCGAUAACGUUUGGCAAUGUAUAUAGUUUAAUUGUUUUUAGACAUCGAAGACGAAACACGCACGUUGUCAAGGAACAAUGAGAAGAAACACAAAGAACAUCAAUCCAAAAUUUGUGAUCCUGAAAAAUCCAAAUAUCUUAUCAGACAAGCUGACGAUCACAGCGUGAUACCAAACCCGACCAAGGUACAAGCUCGACUGCAGCAAAAAGCUCAACUAAACAACAGCAAUAACACCAUUACAACAAAUGGAAAUAUCAACAUUGAGUCAAAAUAUAACCAACUACAGACUGAUAUUGAUGUUCAAGCCAGAGAUUUUACUGAUAAUACAAAGAAAGUUAUUUGUAUGGAGCAGAAUCUUGAGGUGGUUAGUUCUAUCCAAACAAAGGAUACGGGCAUCAAACUGUGUGAUGAAAUUACUCUGAAACGAAGUGUUCCUUCUGUGCAUUACGAUACAGAUUAUAUUAAUAAUCUUCCUGUUAGUCGUAAUGCAACAAGUGAAUAUCAAGAAAUGCCACCACUUAAAGACCAGUUCAACAAUAUGUUGGAAAAUGAUAUUCGAAGAGAAGCAUCAUUGAAACAAAUUGUCACAUUUAAGGAUCGAAAUUAUAAAAACGGCAUUUCCGAUGUUCAUAGCGUGCCACCCGAACCUCAACUAAAUACCAUUCUCUGCCCAACUGUUAUGGCGGGGGCAAUUGAUCAGCAAGCUCCCAGUGCCAAGACUCUAGGAGGCCUUUCUGAUAGGGUGGUAACUAAAAGACUAGGUUCAAGCGAAGUGAUUGAUAAAGAUAUUGAAGACAUGAUGACAGUGAUUUGUCAAGAUAAAUCUGCUACUGAAUCUGAAACAAAUAUUCUGGAAAGAAAAUCAGUUGGCGAAGGAGAGAAGGAUAAUAUAAACGGACGAAGUUGUAACUUGGUUGGUGGUUUUCUUCUUGAGUCAAAUGAUCGACAUAUCAACAGCUCAAGCAUGUUGAAUAUGAGCGUACCAAGAAAUAGUGCUACAGAUAUUGCUACUGAUAUCAUGUUGACGGGUAAUAAAAUUGUAAAACAGAAUACUGAUGUCGUUGGUAUAAUUGAAGUUGAUAAAAGCAACCUGUACAUUACCAACUUAAAAGAAUCGAUACCACAUACAUUGCAGUCUGAUUGUGUCCUUGAUAGAGAGAACAUUGUAGGUAAUGGGAAAAGUUCCAUUGGAGUUAGUACUUAUCUAGCUGGCUCAAAUGAUGAGAGCAUCACCAGUUCAAGCCAGUCAAGACCUACUACCAUUAUAACUGAUGGUAUACUAAAAACCUCCAAUAUGGAUGCUUCUGUUUUGAUUGGUGCAAAUAAUAUGGGUAUCAAUAGCUCAAGCAAGACUGGUGACGUUCUAACUGGCAAUGGGAUUAAGAAAACAAGUGAUAAGGAACAAACUUCACAAGUAAGUGAUACCACUCAACAAGGUUCUGGUUUCUUGACCAGGUAUGAUAUGGAUACGGUUUUUCUGAAUCAGAAUUCUGAUAUGGAAGAUAUCUUACGGCACAGAAUAAAGACCUUGGUCAGUAUGGGUGGGGUGAAAAGUACACAAGGAGAUGAAAGUCGUGAGCUAGACUCGUUGAAUACUUCACCAGAUUGUCUGCAAAUGUCUCCCCAAAUUGUGAAAGAUAAUGAGGAAUUACCUAGUGGAAUUGAGAAGUGCCUUUCUACUAAUGACGCAAGUAAGUUGUCACAUGAUAAAAAAAAUAAAAUAUCGAAUGAUUUGAAAACUAUUUCAUUCGAAUCCGAAAGAAACAGAAUUUCUUUUCUUAACGAGGACUUGGUGUUUCGAAAAUAUUUACGAAAGAUCCAUAAACAACCCAAAACGUCUCGAUCCUCUGAAGUAUGCUAUUUGAGUGAUCAAAUGCUCUCUGAUCAUGAAGAAAAUAUUGGAGACACAGACAUUGGCAUGAAUGUUGUAUCUGAAAUUGAAUCUGAAAUUCAGUCAGGCUUACUUGAUGAUGAACUCUUUUCUAAUCUACCCAAGAAGUCUCAAUAUUCUACGGCAAUCUGUUCGAGUCAUAAUCUAAUGGUAUCUAAUAUUGAAUCUGAAAUCAUGUCAGGUAUGCAUGAUGAUCAAGUUGUUUCUAAGCUACAUAAGGACUCUCAAUGUUCUAAAGCAAUCCAUUCCAGUCAAUUGGUUUCUGACAGUGAGGACCAGACUGCAUACCUUGAUGUACAGACUGGACAUGACGUUGCAUCUGGAAAUGAAUCAGAAAUUGUUUCAAGAUUAGGUGAUGAUGAAGUCUUAUCUGAUGGUGAGAAGCAGGACCCUAAGCAUAGUGUUGAAGAGAUUACAUUUGGCAACGAUGGGAGAUUAGCAAAAGUUAAUUUCAAUAAGAGUGGAGUGGAAUUUGAAGCCAACCAAUCUAAAGCAACAGGACAAGAUCUUGAGGGAGUUAGCGAGAAUGAAGCCGUACGAACUGUCAUAUCAUGUCAAGAUUCUGUCAAAGAAUCAGCUGAAAUAGAGCAUGGGAUGUUAAUGGAAAAUAAAAUAGUGCAGGAUGAGUUACAACAAGGACUUGGAAAAGAAUUUAAAACCAAUUUAAGACCCAUAGUGUCCGAAUCUGGGAGAGAGAGAGUAAAUUUUAGUAAAAACAAUUUAGUGUUUCGAAAUGACAUUCGGAAGAUGAAGCUGCCCAAAGAUUUUCAGUCUUCUGAGCCAGGGUCUUCAUGCGAUCAAGUAGUUGUUGGUACCAAAGGAAUGAUCACAACUGAAAAUAAUACGAAGAUUGGUUCAGACGUUGUGUCUGAAAUUGAAUCCGAAAUUAUCACAUAUAAUACAAAAGAUCGUAACUCGAUUAUUGGGAUAUACAAGGAUAAAGAUUUCGGUAAAGGAAUUGGGGGAGAAAACAACAAAAAAUGCUAUGAUAAAACAGAUCUUGACGAAAGUAUUAAAAAACUGUUGGAUGAUGAUCUCGAAAGAAACGUUGUGGAUAGGGAAGCUGAAGUAAGCGGCGUAGCUGAAAUUGAAAGCAAAGAAACUGAAAUUGACGUACUAGAUCGCCUUCGUAAGGUUCGUAACGGAGUUAUCAAUGAAGACGAUGAAGAAAUAGUUCAGGGUAAGAGAAAUGACGUACUUGAGAAUCAAAUAGAAAGGGAAAGAGACGAAGAUUAUUAUGAACUAGGAGAUUUUGAUAAAAUUGUUGAAGAAUUGUUAGAUGAUGGUUUUAAAAACAUGGACGAAGGAAGGACUCUGGAAAAGUGUGUACCAGGUUUAAUGUUACCUGAGAUUCAAAAGGGAGAACGUUUUACGGGACAAGAGUUCAACGAUGUGUCGGUGAAUGAUAAAAUGUUAACUAAAGUAAAUGAUGGCAUUGACGAAGACUAUAAAACCAAAUAUGUCAUUAAACAGGACGCUGAAAAAGAAAUAGAGUCGACGGGAAAUAUUGAUGAUGAAGAUAUACUAAAUUUUUCUUUAUUUGACGAAGAUUUUUUAACACAAGUAGAGCAGCACAAAACAGGUUCAGAGAGAGUUUUCAAGGUAGAAAACACAUGGAAACCAAGGUUAGGUGAAAAACUAAAUCUCGGCCGUAACAAAUUAUUUCGUCAAAAUCAGAAGAAUAUUAACGUUGUGAAAGACUUUAACAACGUAGAAGACAACAUAGUUGAAGAUCAACAGACAUCGACCAGAAUCAGUUACCAGAAUCUACACGUGGCACGUACGAACGUAAGCGAUCUAGCAAUGAAUGAUAACAGUAACAGAACAGAAAGGAAGUAUAGAGUCCUAGAUAAAGAUGAAGUGCGAAACGUUCAUCAAGAUUUUGCGGAGGAAGAAUUGUACGACGUGGAGAACGCAGUGAACGGAGAAGGUUGUAUGAAGGUUAAUGAUGAAAACCAGAGUGGAGAUAUACUAUAUGAAAUGGAAAAACAACGAAACAAAGGGCCACUUUGCGGCCUCCAAAGUCAAGAACCCAAAGUUCUGCAUAGUGAGUUAAUGCAAGAAAAAUUUGAAUACAUUUCACCUAAGAUGGAAUUGCCAUAUCCCAGCACUGUAUUUACAAAUCUCCAAAUCAAUUCCCUUCCAUCGUUUACAAAAUCACUCGCAAGACAGAGUACCUUCCAAGAAGAUAGUACAACGACUUCGUUAGAGCAGAGUUCAAGUGAUAGAAAAAGUCCUAAUCUUGUCAUUCCUGAUAUGGACACAACUUGUAGUGAAUAUAUGUCAUCGCCCGAACCUAGCUUACAAGAAAGUGCCUUUUAUGGGCAGAUGAAUUUCAAGACCACUGUAGAAAGAGAUAUCUUAGCUCAAUCGAACAAUUCAAGUUCUAGUGAUGGUUAUAAGAACAUGCCUUUACCUAAUUAUUCUUCUUACAUUGGAGGAACAUUUCCUUUCCACGAAAAUAUCAAAUGUAUUUCAAGGUCCUCAGAAAGAAAUAUUUCCCCUGAAGAUAAGAGUGGGUAUAUCAGUGAAGCUGAAUUUGAUACGUCGUUUAGUGAUAACCUGUCCUACGUCGAAGGAGGUUUGGUGGAGGACAUAGCCACAGUAGAAGAAAUAGAGGAAUUCGGAAACGAAAAACUCUUUGAGCAUGAAACAGAAGCAAAAUUUUGCCUGACUCCAGGAGCUUUGAGCGUUCCUGUAAAGCAAAGUUUACAAAAACAAGAACCACAAGUAAGCAAUGACGUCCCAAUAUUUGCAGCAGAAGCAAUACAAGACAACAGUAGUGAACAUUUAGAUCUCCCUGGCAAAUCCAACAGUCGAAACUCAUUUGAUGUCGAAAAUAAUUUACAACACGAGGCGUUGACGCACCCGGAAGUAUCUAGAACGAAACUAGGAGAAGAUUUGAAUAUAAUGAUUGAUGGAACGAGAGACACGAACCAAACUCAAUCAUUGGCAAAUGUUAAAUCUAGUUUCCAGGAAACAGAGAUGCCUGAGAUUGAAAGUCAACAAAAAGGUUUUAAGGAAAUUAUUUUUGGAAAUGUUGAUGUCGUGGCCAUCACUCCAGGAAAACAAACGUCUUCUGCUCAGAACUUGUGUGACGUUAGGUCUUCGGAAGUAAAAGAUGUAAUGUUCGCGAACGAACAGCAUUCUGGACAGAAUUUGGAUCAUAUUGGGUUAGUUGAACAAUCGCUCAAGUCGAAGCAGAGUUCUUAUCAGAAAAUGAAUGGUGGGACAUCAGAAUCAACCUGCGAUGAAUUAUACUCGAGUCACAGUGAAGUUACUCCUGGUUAUGAUGAACUAUCCGCCUGUAACAGAAAGGUUACACCUAGUACAAAAGAACCCACAUCGGAGUAUAACGACGGAGUUACGCUAAGUAACAACAGGAUUAACCCUGGAUAUAACGAUGUAACCCCGAGUUAUGACCAUGUAAUUACCUCGAGUUACAACGAGGUUUUGCCGGAAAAGGACGAAGUUUCAGCGGACAAUUUUUUGAAAGGCAGUGUCUGGUUAACUGCGAAAAAUAAUGAUAAUAUUUUAGCUAAGGAAAAAGUUUCUGCCGAUGAAACAAAGAACGUUGGAUGCCAAAAUAUUUCUUUGGAAGAUGAUGUCGAAUUAUGUAGGGAAAAUCUUUCAAGUGAAAGCGAAGAUGUCGUUUCAGCUAGAGAGCACGAAUUUGAGAGACAAAAUUUAACUGAAGAAAAGAUUAUUACAAAUGAAGUAAACACUUUUCCACGUCAAAUCAUUCCUUCGGGCGAUGACUUGAAACUCCAUCUACAUUCAAGCGAGGAGGAAGAACUUAAUAGACACCCUUUUAUCGAAAGCAGGGCAUCUGACAAUGAAAUACACAAUGCUCGAAGACCAAAAAUAGCUUUAGAAGAGGAUCUUGUAUUUCAAAGUGAUCCUUCCAGUGAAGAUGUCUAUCCAAGUGACGGUUUCCACCCAAAUGAAGAGAAAGAAGUUGGAAGAAAAUCACUUCUUGAAACAAAGAUUUCUAAAGAUGGAGUGAAAGAUAUUGGACGACAAAAGAUCGCUUUAGAAGACGAUUUCGUACUUUGUAGUGAAGAUUCUCUCAGUACGAGCAGAAAUAUUCAUUCAAGUGAGGCUACAGAAACUUCUAAACCAAUGUUUAUUGAAAGCAGUAUAUCUGAAGAUGAAAUAAAGAACAUUCGACGACAAAAGAUGGCUUUAGAAGAUGACUUUGUACUUCGUGGCGACGAUUCUUCUAGUGCAAGAAAAUAUAACCCGAAGAACGAGAAGAUCGCUUUGAAAGACGGAUUCUCAAGCCGAAGGGAAUUAGUUAGUGGAGAAACGAGGAAUAAGGGAAACGAAUUUGAUAGACAAGUAAUCAAUAAUAGAAAUCAUGAUGGAGAUAAAGCAAAUAAUACUUCAAAUUCGAAUGUUUCAAAGGAAACCAAAUUUAAAUUUAAAGUAGAUCUACCAAGUCCAAACAAAGAUAGUGGUUUAAAGACACCGAAAAGAGAAGACAAAAUGGAUCAUGCAGACGAAGAUAUGAUAGCGGAUCCAGAUUACCAAUUAAAUACUCUGUCAGACAUCAGGUAAGAACUAUUUAGGGCAACUUUAGUUUCAUUUAAGUCCAUAACCCAAUAACAGCACAUAUAGUCACAAAAUAAGGAGCAAAACAUAAUCUGGUUAUUAGCAUCUUGAAACCAAAAAACAAGUUGUAAAGGAGUUUGAAUAAUUUCGAUUUUAUUGGAAAACUAGAGGAUACCCAGAGAAUGUAUAUACUGUACCUCUGUCAGCAAUACUAAAAUUGUGUGCACUGAUUAAGCAUGAAUCUUUUGUAAAUUUCUCAUCCAAAUCCAUCCAAAUGUAAGCAAAAAUUUGUCUAUAUUUGUUUUUGGCCUACAGAUAUUAGCACAACAAAUUUCCCUAUUAAACUGUUUUAUAGUUCUUGAGUUAUCUUGGUGAUAAGUAAACACUAGCGCAAGCACACACAUAAACAAACUGAAGUGAAACAAUUUCAUUGUUUUUACCAACAUUUUGAGGAAAUUUUGGUAAAACCAAAUUCACGAUCUGAGGAACAGUGCACACAGGUCUGAAUAUGAGAUGUAUAUUAACAGCAGACACUUGACAGAGAUUCAGGAAUAGAAAUUUUAGAUCGUCAUUAAUUUCCUAAAUGGUUUGUCGGAUCCCAUUUUAAUAAUCCCCUUAAUGAUUUUUUUAUUUAGUUCUAUAUCAGAUGAUAUGUCAAUGGGAGGUGAAACGACGAACCGAAGUCACGAAAACGUCACAGAACAAGAAGCGAACCGUUACCGUGGUUUUAAUAAAGAUACAUUGUUAGCUACAAACCAGAUAGAUGACUCAACAAAUUUAAACAAUAGAGGUAAGGGAACAACAAUUACCAUUGUUACUCUUCCCUCUGUUUUAUCGAGGGCUCCAUGGGGUUAAUUCACAUGACUGACCAGGUCUGACUAGGCUGAGAGGCCGAAAUGGUCUAUUUCAAAUAAUUGACAGAAAAAUGGCUCGAUCGAUAUUAUUGCUCACUGACUAUGACGCAUCAACUUAGAACACCAUCAUGACAAUUGUCUUGAAUUUUAAGAGAACUGAUUACGGACACCCAGUUGAAAGCCCUGUAUUUAAACCCCUAAUCCAACGGAAAUGGGAGGGCAGGAGAGUAGGCGCUGUCAUGUGACUUUUGUUAGCUAUUCUUCAUGCUUUUCCAACACUAUCAUGCAUUCUGUUUAAGUUGGAACACACAAUUAGAAGAACAUGAAAAUGAAGACCUAGAAGGUCAUCUUCAAUAAAAUAAAUUAAACUUGGGAGGUCAGCGUCGAGAGCGACGUAAGCUUGGCCUAGAUUAUACAAUGUUCUGUGAAGUACAUUCACCACUCACUGAAAGACAUAAAAACACAAAAGAAUUAAGUAGUCUUCUGUGUCUCCAGACCAAGACGUCUAUUUGACGGACGUCGAGAAGUGUUUUUAUCUAUUUUAGGCAGAGUGGUAGUUGUAGAAAACGUUUCUAUCAAUAAAAAUUGUGGUAAAUCCAUUCUCCUAUUUAGAAGAUAGAAACAUACUAGAUGAAAAUCCAAAUACAGACGAAACAAUGGAAGAAAAGAUGACUUCGGGAUUAGCUGCGUUGUUUUCAGGAAUGCGUUUAAACGACAGUAUUACUGCCCCCGAAGCCAUGAUCACUCCUUCGCCUCCACCCAAAAGAGCAAGCCCUGAUCCCAAUUCAUACGCGAUGACACAACUACGCAACAUUAUGCGAGGAAUAAAACCGACUAAUGCAACUCGACAAGUUGCAACUCAGAAGAUUUUACAGAAAGAACUUGAGAAACAACAGAAAGAGCAAGAUGAGAAACUAUACGAGAGUAAAGAACGCGGAACAAGAUGUCUUGAAAAGCUCAGGGAUGACGUAUUUCUUAAACCUAGAUCAGGUAUGCAUGGCAUCAUUUCUAUGACUAACCUUCAAUGUCAACUAUUUUAGCUGAAACAUCGCGAAAAAUAACAAAGAAAGAUAUACAAUUAGUUAUAAUAUAUUGAAUAUAGCUACUCUCUGCAUAAUUUUCUUGUCUUUUUCGCGAUGAAAUAUUUAUUUUGAAUGGCAAAAGUGAUCUAAAUAUAGCAAAAAUGACAUAAUAUAUAGCUCAAUAUUAAAAAUAAUGAAGAACUGAAUUAUCCUAGUGAUAGUGACAAUUUACUACACUUUUGGAAAGUAUUUAUGAUCGAGUAAGAAAUGUCAUUUCAAAGCCUUUUUAUAUAGGCUUAUAGCAAUAAAAAUGUUAGUACGCUGAUUUCGACGUCAUGAAAACCACCGUUAAUUAAAAUUAGUAUAAUUACAUAGGUGAUUAUUGAAAAUUCUCCACGCUGAUUGGUUGCCGUUGAGGUGAUUAUUACGCGAUAAUCACCUAAGCGAUUUUCAAAAUGGCGGCCGAAGCCUUUUUGUCAGUUAAAUGACGAAGAAAUGUGUAUUUUCUUAUUUUUUUCCAAAUAAUCACCUAUGAAAUUAUACUAAAACAAUUAUUCACCUCAGGCUCGGUGAUUAUCGUGAAUAAAAACCUCGACUUCGUCUCGGUUUUUAUUCACCGAUAAUCACCUCGCCAUCGGCGAAUAAUUGUUAAUUAAUGAGAUCGAAUCUUAAUGAGAUCCAAGUCAAUAUAUUUUAAACACGUUUUGACGUUUCUCCUUUAAAAUAGUUGAACCUUUAUCCUUUGGAUAAUUGAAAUUAACAUACCUUCUAAUAUCCACGUGAAAAUCUUUAGCUAUUUAAUAAUUAAGUAAAUUUAGUUAAGAAAUCUUUACGCACGAGAGCGCCAUAUUUUUUCAUUAUGCUAAGGCUAAGCGCGUGGUUAUAAUAUCUCACGGCAGAUCUGUGUAAUCAUAAAAUUGGGUGGAAUACCGUAAAAAAUCACGGUGUCAUGUGGUACAAACGCUGUUUCUUUUAUUGAACAAUUUAUAUUUGAGGUAAAAUAUUUUCAUUAUAGCUUCACCUCGCAGACAAGUUUCGUACUCAGGUUUUGGAGCAACGUUACAACUUCCAACAAACGGCUCGAAAUUGCAGUCACGGUCAGCUUCGGGAAUUGGCUAUGGAGCACAUAUUGAAGUAAGUGGACAGGGAAAUAUUUUGAAUGAACUCUCGUCAAUUAGUUUAUGAACUAGAGUUGCUGCAGAUUAUUGUUUUCACUGCCAUAGUUUUUGCCAGCUUGUCGACAAUAGUCAACGUUUGCAACACUUUCUGUUUAUACGAAGGCAAGCUAGCCCACUGUAAUACUCAUCCAGGCUUGUCCAGGGCAUUGCAUUUAUAUGGAAAAUACCAACUUAUUCGGAAGGUCUGUUUCAAAUUUUAUUAAUAAUUCAUAAGCUUAUUGGCAAAUCAUGUCAACCACUCAACCAUAAUAUGUCACGUGCAUGCAGUGGCUUUAAACCUGAUAAAACACUCCUAAUUAGUAUUCUUUAUAUAAAGAAUGCUAAUAAGGCAGUAUCUAUUGUAGUCGUGUGCUCAUUAGUAUUCUUUAUAUAAAGAAUACUAGUAAGACAGUAUAUCUAUUGAAUUUGUAGUCGUGUUUUAUUAGGUCUAAGGUUAGCAGGUCGUGUUUUAUUAGGUCUAAAGCACUCGCGCUGCGCGCUCGUGGCUUUAAACCUAAUAAAACACUCCUGCUCGUUUAUUAAACAGUACUUUAGACGUCGGAUUUCCCGUCGAAAUUAAUUCAUUGUAAGUCAAUUUCUGUCAAUCCGUCGAAUAAACAAAUUAAAACGUCCAUUUCUCCCGAAUUAAAUAAAAACAGCAUUAAAUUCAACGAAAUAAAUUUGACGGAAAUUCGACGUUUAAAAUAGGCCUAAGCAUGAUCCGGGUCAAUCGGGGCGACUCUGUGCUCGAGCUGGCUCACCCAAUAUAUAAUAUACUAAAAUAGCCCGUUUGAUUGCGUUGUACAGUUGAAAUGACUAUAUAGUAUGUUUUCCCACAUCUUCUUACAUUGCUUUGUUCAGGAGAGUGUAGAGAUUUGAUAUGCGUAAAACCAUCAUUAGUGAUGAGCUUAAUUUAAGCAAGUGACGUUUUUGAACGGCAUGAAUAACGUCAGAAGACUGGGUCAAGGGCUGUGAUUGGUGAAAAACGUCAACUUUACUUCCGGUCGAUUUUAUAAAUAUAGCACUUUCAAUUGCAAAUGCUCGGAGUUAUAAUCGAUACUAACACACAAGCAUGCGAAGACGAAGUUUUAUGAUUCUGAUGCAUCAUAAUAAGCAUCAUUAUAAGUAUCAUAUAAGAAAAGUUCACGAAUUUCAUGACAGAUUGAUUGAUGACCACGCCCUUUUGUCGUGCAAGAAUAAUUCGCACCGCCUAAUACGUACGCCCCUGAUCAUGCCCGUCAGGUUGCGCCCCUGAUCAUAAUACAUAGUUGUAUAUCCCAAGAUUGUGCCGCAUUUUCCAAUGUGAUUCCAUAGUGAAACAGAGUUGGUCGCUCGUAUGUCAAUAAAUACCUUCAUCUCGUAUUUUCUUUCCAAUCCAAUUUUCAAAAGUGUACAACGUUUUAGCAAAUUGUUUAAAAACAUGUCUGCAGAACAUGUCUGCAGUGUAUUCACCAUAUUAAAACUUUGACAAUGUAUGAGCGAAUAGACGCUUCCUGGAAGUACAUCACUUUGACUAUAGAGCCUCGUUUUCGUGAGUGAGAGGAGUAGAUUUAACUAAUAUAUUGCAUACCCGAAAACGAGGCCAAAUGACAUACUUUCCGGGCAUAUUGAGAGAAUUUAUGAUAAUACGCCUCAUGAUUUGCUAAAUGAUUUUUUUAAAAUAGGAACGUAGAAUCUUGAGCAUAUGUAGACGGGUAGGGAUUCAACUACCUGAAAAUACAUGUCAAGUAAAACGUUGACGUUUCGAGCGAAGGCCCUUCGUCGCGAAGGCCCUUCGACGGGACGGCCCUUCGUCGGGACGGCCCUUCGUCGGGACGGCCCUUCGUCGGGACGGCCCUUCGUCGGGACGGCCCUUCGUCGGGACGGCCCUUCGUCGGGACGGCCCUUCGUCGCGACGGCUCUUCGUCGGGAAGACCCCUCGUCGGUUCGUCCACUUUAAAUUAUUAUUAUUAUUUAAAAUUCUUUAUACACGGUAGCUUAUCAACCUAUUUCUACUAAAAAUAUAUAGAGUUUUCUGAUAGUGAUAAAGUUUCAAAUAAUUAAAAUGGUUGCUUUUCAUAAGGCCGUGUAGAAAUUUAAGCUAAGCAUGAAACCAGUAAACUCUGUAAAACUCCGGCUGUGUAAUUUCAGUUGAAGCCAAAGAUGGCUGAAAUUGAAGCCCGUCCCACGCGGAAAUUCACUGAAUUUAGUACUAACAAUCGCCAUCAUCUCAUGUAGAAAUUUCAUAGUUUUUCAGCCGACUACAUUUUUAAGUCCGGCGUUACCAUGGGCCAUGGCCCUUAGCCUGCGUAGCAGGCUCAAUUAAUGGGCCUGUCACGCAGGCUACAUGGCCCUAAGAGACCAGAGUGAUCAUUCAGAACAAGCAAAUUUUAGGAACAAGUUUAAACAGAUCCAAUUUUUAAUCCGCUAAUGCAACCUCAUUUCCCAUGAAUAUUACAGAACAAUGUUCCAGCCAUGGGAAACUCAAUACACAAUCAUAUCCAAUAUCACGUGAACAGAGACCCCUCCCCCAAUAUACAGCAUAUACCACCUGCAUAUGAUCCUUACCCGCAGCCAUCUGAAGACGAGGAUUCCUACCUUGACGACAUCUGCCCGCAACAAAACGCACACGAAGGCGUCGGUCUCGAAAGAUCUCAAACCUUUUGUGGAAACGAUCAGAAUAACAUAAGACUGAAGUCGUCAACAAAUUCAAACCGUGAUUUAAAAACGCAUUAUGAUUUAACACAACAGUCUUCCUUAAAUGUUAAUCAACUACAGGCCGAGCCCGCCUAUCGUACACCUGAUUACAGGCGACCUGCUGCUCUUGUUCCGUUAAAUGUCAGAACGUCAGCGCCUAACCUUGCCUCAAAAGUGGCGAGUUUUCAAGCAGCCUUGGGUUUUGGACCUAGUGAUCCUUGGAAACCAAAGGCUUUGCCAGAUAUAGAGCAGGAGGGUUUGACCCCAAGACGAAGUGAUAGUUUGUUAAAACAGAAACCACUGCCCGUUCCACGUCUUACUACUUCAAUGAAGCCACCUGCAUUGCCUGGUAUUGGUGAGCGUCCUCAGAUGAGACGGCCUCUGCCUGGUAUACUAUCUGAUAGAGCUUUAUGAAAAGGUAACUGCAGUGAACAUGUGACAUGUUUUUGUGUUUUUAAAUUAUUUUAAUAACCAGAGAGUGUAAUGACAUUUUUAUUCUCAUAUUUCAGAUUUGAAGAUCAGUUUCAGAUGGAAAACUUUGCACGCAUCAUAAAAGGUGUCAAUUGGGUAUAUAAUAUUAACGAUUUGAUUUUUUACGCGUGGUUUAAAUCCUGUAUUCAUAAAUAUAUUGUUGCACGCAUCAUAAGGUGUCAAUUGGGUACACACUGCAUUAAUUGGGAGCAUGCAGUCACGUUC